AUGGACUGUACCGUACGAGCCCGCGUCAGGAGCCCGUCGCCGGCCGUCUGCCGCUUCUCCGGAGAGGGGCGGCGCCGCCAGGCGUCUAGGGUGUCCUUCCGGCCCAUGGCGUCCGCAACUCCCGUGGAGGAGCCCGCGGCGGCGGCGGCGGCGGUGGUUGAGGCGGAGCCCCGGCCGAGCGGCGCCUCCUUCAUCCGCCACCACCUCAGGAGCCUCGCCGCGUACCAGCCCAUCCUGCCCUUCGAGGUGCUAUCUGCUCGGCUGGGGCGUAAACCAGAGGAUAUAAUCAAGCUGGACGCCAAUGAAAAUCCAUAUGGUCCACCACCGGAGGUAGCUGCAGCAUUAGGAAAUUUAAAAUUCCCUUAUGUCUACCCUGAUCCUGAAAGCCGCCAUUUGCGUGCUGCUCUCGCUGAAGAUUCUGGGCUUGAAACUGAGCACAUACUUGUUGGAUGCGGUGCCGAUGAGCUAAUUGAUUUGAUUAUGAGAUGUGUACUUGAACCAGGCGACAAAAUUGUAGAUUGCCCUCCAACUUUUACCAUGUAUGAGUUUGAUGCUUCAGUCAAUGCUGCACUUGUCAUCAAAGUCCCAAGACUUCCUGAUUUCUCCCUAGACAUCGCAAACAUUGUCAAAAUGGUUGAACAGGAGAAGCCAAAAUGCAUAUUUUUGACAUCUCCUAACAACCCAGAUGGCAGUGUAAUCAAUGAUGAGGAUCUUUUAAAGAUCCUUGACCUUCCGGUACUUGUAGUGCUGGAUGAAGCAUAUGUUGAGUUUUCGAGCCUUCAAUCAAGGAUGACAUGGGUUAAGAAGCAUGAUAAUUUGAUUGUUCUCCGAACAUUUAGCAAACGAGCAGGUUUAGCUGGGCUCCGUGUGGGUUAUGGAGCAUUUCCUCUAAGCAUUAUUGAGUACUUAUGGCGGGCCAAGCAGCCUUAUAAUGUUUCUGUGGCAGCAGAAGUCUCUGCAUGUGCUGCCUUGCAGAACCCAGUCUAUUUGGAGAGCGUGAAAAAUCUGCUACUACAAGAGAGGGAGAGGCUGUAUAAUCUUCUCAAAGGAAUACCUUACCUGAAACCAUUUCCCAGUCAUGCUAACUUCAUUCUGUGUGAAGUCACGUCAGGAAAAGAUGCAAAGAAAAUAAAGGAGGAUCUUGCAAAGAUGGGAGUGAUGAUCCGCCACUACGACAAGAAGGAACUGAAGGGUUAUAUUCGUAUUUCAGUUGGAAAGCCUGAGCACACUGAUGCACUGAUGGAAGGCUUCAAAGCACUCAAACUUUGA